AUAGCUCACAACUCAAAUAUUUAUGUUCAGUUAUGUCAUUGAAAAUUGACAAGAGUCUAUAAUAUUUUCCACCCGCUAGCAAUUGUAUUAGAAUAGACGAUAAGAUCAAACUUUUUAUGUGUACACACAGUAGCACAGCUGGUACUUAUUUUUAAUUUAAAAAUACUGACAAACCCCCAUUGUAAUACAAAAGACUAUAGUAAGUAGGUUAAGUAUGUGGGUCGCGCACGUUUGAAAAAAAAAAAAAAAAUCAUUUUGUUUUAAUAGUUAAUUGCAAUUCUAACACCUCUUGUUAUUAUUUUCGAAGCUGAAAUAUGCGAAACUUAUCUUGAUAAGUUUUCAAGCUUUACGUGCUUAUCCAUAGGGAUUGCAAAAAGAGUAUAAAUAGGAAUUUCUUUGGGGUGUAUCUUUUCAAAUAGUAUUAGAAUUUCAUCUAGAAAAGAAAUAACUAUUUAAGAAAAAUGAUUAAGUUACGAAGUAUAUUUGUUGUGUCACUUGUGAUUUUGGGAAUUAGUGGAUUGGUUGAUUCACAUUUUCUUAAACGAGGAAAUCAAGAUGCAAUGGGUGAUAAUAACAAAAUUAAGAAAUCUUUAUUCUUUGAUAUCUUUGAUGACUUAUUAGAAUACUUUUAUGAUGAAGAUGAUGAUGAAGAUGAAGAAACUGAAGAAAAUAAAGAAGUUUUGAUUUGCCGCAACUGUACAAUAAUAAUAAACCGACAGAAUGAAACAGAAUCAAAUGGAGCUUCUACUACUGUUGCACCAUCUACUGUUGCACCUUCUACCGCUGCCCCUUCUACCGCUGCACCUUCUACUGUUGCACCUUCAACUGUUGCACCUUCUACCGCUGCACCUUCUACUGCUGCACCUUCUACUGCUGCACCUUCUAAUGGGGCAAAUGGAAAUGGAGCUGGUACAAAUGGAGCAACUGGGUCAAGUGGUGCAAAUGGAGGAACUGGUACAGACACAGCACCCGGUACAAAUGGAGCAACAGGCACAAAUGGCGCAACAGAUACAAAUGGUGCAGAAGGUACGAAUGGCGCAGCUGCUACAAACGGUGAUGGAAAUGCCGCUGGACCAUAAAAACUGUUACAAAUUUACCAGAAUUUAAGAUAACAUUAAGAUUAGGAAUUUUUUGUUUUGUUUUGAAAAUGAAAUAUAAUAAACUGCCAA